AUGAAAACGGCGGCUGUUUUGAGCGUGUUGUCCUUGGCAGUAGAGUCAGUGUACUCCCAGGCUGCCGGAUAUAGUCAAUGUGGUGGAAGCAACUGGACGGGAGCGACUACUUGCGUUAGUGGAUAUGUCUGUCAAUCUCAAAAUGCGUAUUACUCCCAAUGUCUUCCCGGGACAGGUACUUCAGUAGCCACAACUUUGACCACGGCAACCAAGAGCAGCACCACAUCCGCGACCUCUAAAUCAACUACAUCCACAGCUUCAUCCUCCAAAGCGAGCUCGACGGCAGCCUCAACGGUGCAAUCAGCAUGCACUGCAGCAUUUACUCCAGUUACUGCUUCAGCAGCAUUUGCAGCAUUAAAUCCAGGAUGGAAUCUUGGAAACACUCUGGAUGCUACUCCAGAUGAAGGAUCUUGGAACAACCCUCCUGUCGUCCCUGCUACAUUCACGGCAGUUAAGGCCGAGGGAUUCAACAGUGUUAGAAUACCAGUUACCUGGGCAUAUCACUUUGUAACAUCUUCCCCAAGCUGGACCGUUAACACCACUUGGAUGGAUCGCGUUGAAACAGUCGUCGAUCAAGCCCUUGCUACGGGCAUGUACGUUAUCCUCAAUGUCCACCACGACUCCUGGAUCUGGGCCGAUGUCUCUGCAUCUGGAGCAAACCUUACCAUGAUCGAAGAGAAAUUCUCUGCUCUUUGGUCUCAAAUCGGAACCAGAAUGAGAUGCAAAUCUAGUAAAUUGAUCUUUGAGCCAAUCAAUGAGCCACCGGGAACAACACAAGAAAAUGCCAACGAACUUAAUAAACUCAACAACAUCUUCCUCGCGGCCAUCAAUCAAGCAGGAGGUUACAACCCUCAACGAGUAGUAGCCCUUUCAGGUCUUCAAAUGAACUCAGUGUAUACUGAGCAAUGGUUUGCAAAGCCCACAACCUACACUUCUCAACCAUGGGGUCUCGAAUUCCAUUAUUAUUCACCAUACAGUUUCAUCUACAACGCUUGGGGAGAUACCAUCUGGGGUUCCGAUGCCGAUAAAGCUGCCCUAACAGAAGAUUUGCAACUUUUCGCAGGUAAUUUCUCAGGCAUCCCGACGAUGAUUGGAGAAUGGCAAGCCACACCUGUCAUUGUCGCUGAACCCGGCGCUAGAUGGAGGUACACAGAUUACUUUGUGAAAACCGCCAGGAGUUUUGGUUUCGCGCAUGUACUCUGGGACAAUGGACUCGACUUCUUGGACCGCAACACAAAUACUUGGUAUGAUCCUAUCUCAAUGUCUGUCCUCUUCAACGCCGCCAAAGGAGUCUCAAACUCUCUCCCAGAUGGCACGGUUGAUACUUCCGCCACAUCUCAAAAUACCUCGGCAUAUAUUUUCCACAAAGUCGGUGAUCCAGUCAUUGCACAAUCUCUUCCAUUCCUUCUGAAUGGGAACACCUUGACAUCCAUCACAACAUCUUCGGGAACCACACUAGCAACAUCUUCAUACAGCAUAACCUCUGCUGGAGUUCUAACUUUCACGCAAGCUUACCUCUCAACCCUCUACUCAUCCACAUCUACCCCCGGCAUCAAAGCCACUCUCUCAUUAACUUUCUCCGCGGGCUCACCAUCCCAAAUACAAGUUGUGCAAUGGGCCACUCCAACCCUCUCACAAACCUCCUUUAGCAAACAAACUAGCUCCGAUCUCACAAUCCCCAUUAACUAUGCCGGACUGUCAGAAGUCGCCGCCGUCAAAGCUUUGAAUGCAGAUGUUUUUCCCGAGAAUCCUAGGACAAAAUAG